GAGCGAACGCUGCCGCGGCGGAGGAGAGGGGAAAUAUACAGAAGAGAGUCUACUAUUAUGUGGAGAAGAGUGGCGACGGAGUGCGCGGUGAUGGCGCGCCACUCAUGGAGGAUGAUCUUAAGUCGGGGCGCAAAAACCAGCAGCAACAAUGCCGCUGCUGCCGUGGACUCAAUCUUGCUCCGCGCCUUGAAAGAUCACUAUUUGGAAGUCUCUAAAAUGAAUCCUCCCCCAAAAGUUAGCCCUCCUACACCAUUCGCUAUCAUCAAGGGUGCACUUGAUUCCCAUGGGCCUGUCCUCAAGCGAACCUAUGGCAAGGAGGAAAUUAGCAUCUAUGUAAUGCGUUUGGCUAAUGUUAUUGGUGGUGGGGAUGAUGAUGAUGAUGAUGAUGGAAUUAAUCAGUUGUUCCUUCAUGUGGACAUUUCAAAGCCAGGGCAGGAUGAGUCUUUGCAUUUUUUAUGUGGAUUGUAUCCUGAUGCACUGGGAAUCCAUUCUGUUUCAAUGAGGCAAAAGCUUGAGACUUCAGAGUUCCUCGUUGUCUCAUCUAAAUAUAACGGCCCUGAUUUUGAAAAUCUUGAUGAGAGGAUGAGGGAUGCACUUUACAGUUACAUUGAAGAGCGGGGUAUCAAUGAGAGUCUCUUCCCAUUUCUUCAAGCAUGGCUUUACGUGAAGGAACACAGGAACCUGAUGCAUUGGUUCAAAUCGGUGGGCUUAUACAUUAGUGAAAAAGAGGAGCCAGUUAAAAAUGCAUAGUUUCAAGUUGGUGAUUCUACAGAGGGAAUUGUAUGUCCUAAAAUGGUAGAUUGAUCUCAGAAACUUGGUGUAACGCUACUACAAAAAAUGGAGUUGGUUGGGAUGAGUUUAGUUUUUUGUAGAACUGCAGAAACCAAAGGAAUUAAGACGCCCUAGCUGUAUCUCCUGUAUAAGUUGGACUGGCUUGCAACUUUUUAUUGUCUGAUAGAUUUUGAUAUGAGAUAAGUGUGUACGAGGUUAGUGUUUAUGAGUUGGAAUUUUGAAAAAUUACGAGGACACUCUAAAACUAGGUCCCUUCAAUAAAGCACUAUGUGAAAAGAUUAAAAUACUAUUAUUAUU